UUUCCUGUCAAAAAUGUGGUUUUGUUAAAAACUCACCGUGCCGGAGGUGGAACGCUGGCCAAUAUAAUUUACAGAUACGGAGAUUUAAACGACCUGGAGUUUGCACUUCCAAAACACGGGAGUUAUGACUUUUAUUGGCCUCUUCACUUUAAUCCCAGCUUUGUGGACAAACAGUAUCUCAACUCUUCGUCUCCAAAUCUACUAAUCAACGCUCGAUACAGUCCUGACACGAUGACUUCAUUUAUGCCCAAGGUAAACGUCUACACUUAAAUUGCAUGCAACGAUAAUCGGUACCUCACUUUAUCAGGACAUUUCUUUAACUGGGUUCUUCUUGUUUCCAUUAGUGUCUACUAUGUUCUUAGAAAAAGAAAAUGGGGAGAAGUGAUCCACUUUCCCUCCUCCUUUCCAUGUUUCUAAAUACAUUUACUUUACCUCUCUGGUUUCCCAAGCUUUUAACGAAAGUGUCUCAAAGAAUCUAGUGUUUUUCACUGCAUCUGGAAAACAGAAUUGGGAAUCUUUAUAUUAGCUUUUGUCUCGUAUAUUUAAUUAGAUUAUUUUUUAUCUUUAUUACUAUUUUUUAAUCCGUUUUAUUUGUCGCAAUUACAUUUUGUGACCUUUUUUCUGAAUGCUGAGCUGUUAAAUUUUAGAUCUCAUUGAUAGUGUUUUAUUUGAAUAUACAUUUUUAUGUAACAGAUAUUACAUCUUAUUUAGUUUAAAGUUUUUACUCAGGUUUUUACUAAAGUCUUGUAUAUCACGUGCAUGUUCGAGCGAGUUUUAUUGUAAGCCUGAGGUGUUACUUAAACUGUUAGUUAAACUUAAACUUAAGGUGUUACUUAACUACUAAGUAAACCUACGUACGUACUUAGGUACUUAGGUACUUACUUACUUACUUACUUACUUACUUACUUACUUACUUACUUACUUACUUACUUACUUACUUACUUACUUACUUACUAGCUCUAUUGCAUCAAUUAUACCUUCUUUUCAAACCUCAAGUCCACUCUCCCCACGGGCGUGUAUUAGGCCAAGUCACGGAAGUGACGAAAGCAAAUGGCAGAAAAGGAAAUAAACUAGGACGACAAAACUGCUGCUAUUUUUACGUAUAUGUGGCAAACGUAGCCUUAGCCUUGUUGUGAUUCGUUCUCAACUAUAAACAGCUUUGUGAUUGGCUCAGGAUUUCUUAUUCUGUCUCUGCUUCCCUCCGUUGUUAUGUUCCGUUGCUUCCGUUGUUAUGGUUUGCUAAAAACGUAAGGAGAAACAACUGAGGAUCGGACCGGGAAUGAUACCUUCGUUCCGUCAAGAUUCUCUUUAUGCUAUCAUCAGUCUCUUUGAUUUACACAGCAAGUGCACAAGAGCAGAUCAGAACGCUCGUUCUAUCUCUUCUGUUUUCGAGUCCUAAAUAAGGUUGCUCCUGCGGCCCAGUCGAAACUGGUUUCCAAUAGUUAAGCCGGCUUCCCUACACUGAGCCAUCUUUUGUCCCCAAACAAAUAUGGCUUCUGGUAAUUUGUUGGUAAUUUUUAGCUCUACUUCACUCAUUUUUAUCCAGGUCUCCCUUCCACCAUAAAAAAACAGUUUUUUUCAAAUUUCUCUUCAAACAGAGAGCCAUUUGCGUAUUGUCUUUAUUUUUACUUUAGGACUCAUACUAUAUUGCUAUGAUUAGAAGGCCAACGGAUCAUUUCGAAUCUGUGUUCAAUGGAUAUCAACUCGACAUGUUACUGGGGAUCCAAAACAGCAGCAACCCAUUUGAUGAGUUUCUGAGUAAACCGAAACAGUAUCUCUUGGAGUAUCUGCGAAAGAAACCACGAUUGAAUAUCCAUCUCAAUAUGGCCAAGAAUGGUAUUACAUGUAUACACAUAUACACAUAUUUAUUAUAUACAUACUGAGAAAUACUCACCAAAAAGUUGUGUUGUAAAUUUUGAUACGCAAAUGAGUUCUAGCCAAUCAGAGGAGUGAACUAUGGUUUUCACACGUGAAAAAAAUGAUACGUCCAAUCAGAAUCGCGAACGAUGUUUUUUCACAUGUGAGAAAAAUGAUACGUCCAAUCAGAAGCCACAGAGGUGUGUGAGUUUCGCGCCAAAAUUCCCGCCUUUUCUUGCAGCUUGCUGAGCGCCGCUUCGCACACAUUCGAGGAGAAAAGUUUUUCUCAAAGAGUUUUUUCUUGUUAAAAAAGUGAAAAACAUUUCAGAAAUGGAGUGGAAUAGUUUCGUUUGUUUCACUGUCGAUAAAGAAAACUGUGGAGAGCCGGCAAAACAACAGCGGAAGGGGAAAAACAGAACAAGACGUAAGCUUAUGUUGUGCUUUUUGUCGGAGUUACUUUGUCUUCCAUUUAUAAGCUUAAGCUAAUAUAUUGAAACUGGCCAUUUUACUUAAAUUCACUCAUUUUCAAUUGUACAUUCAGAACAAACAGUUAAGAUUACUUGUAGUUCUUGGAUUACCUCAUAUCCUUACCGUCAUUUAUGUUUUUAAGAAAGGUUUCUACUAAAAAGCUGAUACUUCGUUUUCAUUGUUAUUUCGUGGUGUGUAGCGGCAAAUGUAAGCAUUUUGGAAAGAUUUAAAAUAAAAAGGCCACCAAAAUGAUGAAAGUCUCAGUAUGUAUACAAUAAACACAAUACCACAUGUAAAGUACUUCGUACGGUAUUUACCCACUCGUUGCUUUUGUAUCAGAAAUCUCACUCGUUCGCUGCGCUCACUCGUUCGAUUUCUGAUACAAAAACAACUCGUGUGUAAAUACCGUACGCCAGCACUUUCCAUGAAAUAUUCUCUAUAUACUUUUCAAACGUACAUGUAUUGGCCCCCGAGGGGUACUGAACAAAGUGGGUUUUUUUGUUGUUGUUGUUUUUUUUGUUUUGUUUUGUUUUGUUUUUUGUUUUUUUACGGGGAGGCUUUGCCCUGAGGUCCAACCUUUCGUAGACCUUCUAUUGACAAAUGGUACUCCUUUUACAUUUUGCAUCCCUUUUAACCGCUACAAAUAAACUGUCUUAAAAUAUGAAUAAUCACAGCAGAACCACAUAACGUGAUCAGAACGUUUUUACGACUCUCUCGCAGCCAUAAAAUACAUCUGUCAGCUCUUUGGCCAGAGUUUAUUUACAAUUAAUGAAGAAAAAAUGAAAAUAAAAAUAAACUUACAAUAUAAUGUUACAGGUAAAUGCCUUUAAGGUUAAAAGAUAUAAUUAAACAUGUAUGCAUAUACUUAUUCUACGACAAGAUCCAAGAUUAUAGACUUAUAGUCUGGUACAUAAUACGCGUUUAAUAUUGCGCUAAAAACCUGGCUGGUGACUGAUGUUUCUGGUGUUGGCUCUAAUACAGUUUGUUUUACAGACCGAAAUUACAGUUUUUCCAACCCUUUCAUAUACUUCAAUACAUACUUCAACUGAUGAAAUCCAUACACUUUCAUAUAACUGAAGCCUAAAAAAAAGAACCCCUUUCGGGCGAAGCCUCCCCGUAUAGGGCAUUAUGCAGGGAUUUAUAACAUGCUGAUCUUGAUAUGAAUGGUCCAUUUGGCAAGAAAACAAAAUUAGGAAACAAUGUGUUCCAUUUGACACAUGUUCCAUUCUUUCCCUCAUCUUGAUGAAUUCAAGAUGACGGCACAAAUAUUGCCGUCAAUAGCUUGGAACUAGAGAAAACUCGUAAAUGUUACACGUAUCAGAAAAUUAGUUACCAACGGGAAAACUGGAAAACCUUCCUCUAAUUCCAUCUAAUUACUAUACUCUAAUUCCGGGGGAUUUUUUCAGAAAGGCGCAAAAACAAAACAUGUAUUCAAUUCUACUUACAUUCCAAAAGGAAUUUCCGGAAUUUCUUGGUAAAUGGAAAGCACCAGAAGUGUUCAAUCCUCUCACAGUUGACAUUAUACCUUAUCUUAAAGUAAAAUUUUUACACUCCACGGACAUGUAUACUAAUAGUAAACAGACGAUCUAACCAAUGCCCGUUUGUUAAUAUAUCCGCGUGUUGAUCAAUGUACUUCUCAGUUCACUUUGCGCAGUGCUUAUCAUAAGAAAUCAACAAGCGCACAGGGUUGUAAAACUCAUUAUUUGCAUUUUUUAACUUAAUGACUAGGCUAAAUAUAUUUAUUCACUUACUUUUUUCACUAACUUGUUUACUAUUAACAGGGCAAAUAUUUGACCUCGGUCUUCAACACAAAUAUUACAACGACCCGGUUGAGAUCAAUAACCACAUUGAGGAUCUCGCAGAGAAAAUCAACCUUGUUCUAGUCAUGGAGCAUUUUGAUGAAUCCCUCAUUCUACUUAAGAGGGAGCUCUGUUGGGACUUGGACGAUAUCGUCUACUUUAAGUUCAAUCAGCGAGCACAGGAGUACAAGCAAACCAUGAUAACCAAUGAAGAGAAGGUAGGCUUUGUGAUUACACAGGUUCACCAGUUUAAUUGUUCUUACCAAUAGGCCUUUUCCAAAAAUUCCAUAAUAUUUUUGUUGUCCCUCCAAACUUUUGCAACAACAUUGUUUUCAAUUUCUCUUCGGGAGAUUUUAAGUCUCAAGAGAAAUUGAAAACAAUGCUUGUGCAAACUUUUGGAGGGACAACAAAGAGUAUAGUGCAUAUUUUUGAAAAAGGCCUACUCAUUUCACCAAUGAAAGUUUACUGGCAUUGUGACGUUGGUACUAUGCGCGAUCCUACAAGAAGUUAAAGUUAAACAACCAAUGAUAGUAAAUGUUUGUGAUAUUAGAAGGGGAAGAAGGAGAGGCCAACCCGAUCUGACCCAAGUUGUUCAAAAGGUUGAUAACGCCGUCUGCUAGUUAAAUCACCAUAGUAUCUAGUGGAUAGUGUAAGUGAUUUCCUUAACACUUAUCCGCUGGAUUGUGAUUUAUCCAGUAUAUAGCGCUAUCCAACGUUGAACAACUGGGGCCUGGUUCAUCGGUUUAGGUUUCUAACAAACUGCUCACGCUUCCCCUUCCCUAAGCCAAAAUUUUUCCCUAAGAGAGAAGUAACGGUGGGAGUGGUUUCUUUAAGCCCAAAAAUUCCUGGUAAUAAAACUGUAGACAAAACUCAGGUUCAAGGAACGGUCCAUCACGCCACACACAUCGGCAGAGUGAGUGUAAAAACAAUAACUUUCACAAUCACUACUUUAAUUUUAGAUGCAGAUUAAGGAGUGGAACAACGCCGAUGCUGCCUUGUAUGAAUUUUUUAACAAAACAUUUUGGGACAAAAUUGCUAGACAGGAUCAGACGUUUUUUCAAGAGGUCCGACAGCUACGGCAAAAGGUUAAUGAACUUGAAGCGGAAUGCAUUGAUUCACAGGAAACAAAUCAAGACACUGGAGAAGUAGAUAUAAAACUUUAUGAGCAUGCUUCAAAUUUUAACAAAUAUCUUUGUCAGAAGAUGACGUUAAAUGAGGAAAACUACGUAACGUAUCUAAAGAAAAAAUUUAACACGAAAGUUGACGGACAUCAUGGCUAUCAAAGAAGAUUACUUGAUGGCAUGUUAAAUAAGACAGAAUCGCGAGAGGCGAGAUAG